AUGGUUUGAGCCAGGGUUCCACCUUUGUUGGAGUCUGGGGACCAAACUGUAUGAGGCUACACAGGUUGGUAAGAGGAGCCGCCUUCCUGGAAGGGGAUGAGGCCAGGAAGGAGAUUACAGAGGCGCCGGGCCCAGGGCUCCCAAUUGCACCUGCCGCAGCUCCGACAGGGAGAUCAGGGGGCCUGCCAACUUACCCCACCCCAUGAUCUCAUAGCUGUGUUUGCCAGGCGCUUGCUCGGGGAGCAGGUGCUGACAGCAUGGAUUGGGCACAGAGCCCAAGGACAAGAAGGGAACCCUAGCCAGGCCUGCCCCUUCUGGCUGCUCAGUCCUGCUCAUGGCCCACCCCUCCCACAAGACACCACCCCGGAUCUGCCCCUCUCCUUCUUCAACCACCACCCAGCCCUAGUGCCUGAGACAUCCCAAGAGAAGACACCUGGACAGCCCACCAGCCAAGACUCAGCUGGACUUCCUGGAGAGGACGACCUGGCUCAAGGGUAG